CCUGUGGCUCUGGGUAGAGAGCUGAACAGAUGGAUGCAUUUUGGCUAAUGUCCUGAAUUUUAAAUUGGUUUUUGGUAUUAGACUUGAUAGAAGAUGUUUAAGUUUGUCUAAAGGAGAGUACAGAGGUUGGAGCCAGAAGCAGCCGCCGGCAUGGAUGUGUUUCUCAUGAUCCGGCGCCACAAGACCACCACCAUCUUUAUGGACGCCAAGGAGUCGAGCACAGUGUUCGAACUGAAGUGCAUCGUCGAGGGCAUCAUCAAGCGGCCGCCAGAGGAGCAGCGGCUGUACAAGGACGACCAGCUCCUCAAUGAUGGAAAAACUCUGGGCGAAUGUGGCUUCACCAGUCAGACAGCAAGGCCACAGACCCCAGCCACAGUGUGCCUGGCCUUUCGAGCAGAUGACACCGUUGAAGCACUGCUUAUUGAACCCUUCUCCAGCCCUCGGAGCUUCCAGAUGUGAUGAAGCCACAGGAUUCUGGAGGCAGUGCCAAUGAACAAGCUGUGCAGUGAGGGCCCCAGGCCUACCCCCUAGAAACCCACUCCCCAAUAAAAAAAAGAUUUGGCUGUCUAAAAACAAAAAAAAGGAGAG